AUGGUCCAUGCCACUCCCGGAGGUAGAGUCCGCUCCGUCAGGACUGCAGGCUCCAAGCUCAUAUUCGUCGACCUGGGCCAGACAGUAUCAGGGACUGUGAAAGACUCGGGAAGCAUACAGAUUGUUUGCCAAUUCAAACGACUGCAGAAAGAGAAUAGUGAACUGUCAUUGGAUGACUUUAAAGCCUUUGGCAAGAUGAUCAGGAAAGGCGAUUUCUACAUGGUAAGAGGACACAAUCAUUGCACCGAACGAGGCGAGGCCUCCAUACUUGCCACAGAACUGCCCACGAUGAUGUCGCCAUCUCUGCAUCAAAUUCCAGACAAAUUGGAAGAUCCCGAAGCCAGAGCCCGAUCCCGCCAUGUCGACAUGCUGGUGAACGAUGAUGCCAGGGUGACACUGGAAAUCCGGAGUCUUAUUGAACACAAGUUCAUCGACUUCUUCGGUCACGAAGGAUACACGAAAGUCACCACCCCGAUCUUGAGUGCACUUGCCGGAGGCGCUGCAGCGCGUCCUUUUCAAACCGAAGCCACCGAGCUCGCAGGUGAGAAGCUGAGUCUUCGCAUUGCGCCUGAGUUGUGGCUCAAGCGGCUGGUAGUCGGUGGUAUGGAGCGUGUCUACGAGAUAGGGCCCGCAUUUCGAAACGAGGGUGUGGACACGACGCACAAUCCCGAGUUCACAAUCUGCGAGUUCUACCGUGCAUGGGCAUCGCUGGACGACUUGAUAGCAACAACAUGGUUCCUGAUCACUCUGACGGAGCAGGCAGUUCGAUCCUACCGAAAAAGAAACCUUCGCAUAAAGGACGAGGCGCCAUGGGGAGCUGAAUACUUCAAAAACUACGACGAGGUGGAAUUCAUCCCUGAAUUGGAGAAACAUCUCCGCGGCCCCCUUCCUGAUCUCCAACACCCGGACGCGCAAGCCGCAGUACUCUCCCUUUUCGACAAGCACGACAUCCCCAAACCCGCCAACCCGACACUCCCACGGCUCCUCGACGCCCUCGCGGCGCACUACAUCGAACCCCUUUCCCACAAACAACCGCUCUUCAUCACCCACCAUCCGGCCUGCAUGUCUCCUUUGUCGAAGCACUUCCUCUGCACCGGCACCAACCAGAUAGUCGCCGCCCGCGCCGAGCUCUUCAUUCAAGGCCGUGAAUACGCCAACAUGUACGAGGAGGAGAAUUCGCCAUUUGAGCAGCGGCGGAAAUUCGAGGAGCAGGCCAAGAUGCGCGAGCAGGAUUCCGAGGCGAUGCAGUUGGACGAGAGUUAUUUGCAGGCGCUGGAGUGGGGAUUGCCGCCGACGGGUGGGUGGGGGUGUGGUGUCGACCGGUUUGUGAUGCUUUUCGCCGGACGGGAGAGGAUGGCGGAUGUGUUGGCUUUUGGCAGUUUGAGGAAUGUGGUUGGGUUGGGGCAGACUUCGCGAGAUUGUUCACAAGACGUGAGGAUGAGGAAUAUGGCACUGGCUGGGGCAGUCGGCCGAAAGACCCAAGUGGGACACAAGCACAUGAAGGGCAUUCCGCGCGACACAUGCAGCGAUCUGGUCCCUGCCCUCUUGCUGCACGUCUUCAUCGCCACUGUCGAGGCCAUCGUCCUCUCUGGACACAUCACCUCCCUCGGUCUCACCGUCGCUGUCGGCGCCACUGUCGCUGUAGUCGCUCUGAGACUCAUCCUCGCUCUCAUUCCAAUCGGCCGCGACGAUCCAUUUCCCGCCUUGCAGCCAAUUCCGGAUCAAAAACACCAUAGGCGUGUCGCAGCGCGGUCAAUGCGUUGCAGCAAUCGUACCAAGCUCCUCCUCUGUGCGAAAUCGCGACCGUCAAAGCCGAGCCCACGACCUGUUCAACCUCGUCUAGAGCAGACCGGGUUGUCGCAAGGAUUCGUCGACAUCGAUGGGCUCUUCUUCGACGACGACUUCCUCCCAGAUCCUAUUUCUGAGCUCUGGGCGGAGAUUGAGAAGAUGCGAGUACCCCGGCGGCUUGCGAGCUGGAGUGCGGUUCCGUAG